UAUAAAAGCUAUUCAUUAACCUUACAUACCAACCAGGGUGUGGUUCUGGGACAAGGAACUGAAAGUUUUCAGCAAAUCUCCCUUUUCUGCAUGGGUAAAUUCUUCAGAGGUUCCACAUAUCUGAACAGCUGUUUUUGAAGAACGGUGGUGGAAGAGGCUCUAGGACUCUGUGUCCCAUUAGGGAACUUGACAAGAAGUAAACACACCUGCUGGUUUACCAGUGUGUCUGACUUCCUGCUAAGCUGAAAAUUGCUGGUUUGGUGGAAAAGCCAAAGUUGGCAGCAAAAUGAAGACCCCCACGACUUUUGAGGAGCAAACAGAAUGCAUUGUGGACUUUCUAUUCACAGAUUUCUUAGGCAUACCUUCGCAGGUUGCUCCCCGGAACCUAACUGGUGAAGUUGAAACAGACUCAGGAGAGCCUUGCUCUUUUGACGUGGCCAUCAUUGCUGGUCGCCUUCGGAUGUUGGGGGAUGAGAUCAACGCAGAAGUGGAAGCUUCUAUCCAAAGCGUCAUCACAGAAACCAUGUGGAAACAGGCAGGAGCCACCCUUCAGGAGACAGUAAAAUCUCUCAGCGAGGGCUGGUGUGCUCAAGAUUCCAGCUUAGCUUAUGAGCGAGCCUUUUUGGCAGUGUCAGUGAAAUUUCUUGAACAUGUGGUCCGCAUGGCUCCUCAAAUGGCAAGACAGGUGGCGAACUCUGUGACAGAUAUGAUCAAUGGGAAUGGUGCCAUCCGGGAGUUCAUCCAGGGCCAGGGAGGUUGGAAGCUGAGAAGACUAGCCGCCAAGUACAAGGCAGACAGAACCUACCCAACAACUGUGGCCGAGAGGCCCAAGAAUGUCAAGAAAAACAGAUAUAAGGAUAUCUUGCCCUAUGAUCAUAGCCGCGUAGAGCUGUCCUUAAUAACCUCUGAUGAGCACUCCAGUUACAUCAAUGCCAAUUUCAUUAAGGGAGUCUAUGGACCCCGGGCUUAUAUUGCCACCCAGGGACCUUUGUCUACAACUCUCCUGGACUUCUGGAGGAUGAUUUGGGAAUACAACGCCCUGAUCAUUGUCAUGGCAUGCAUGGAGUUUGAAAUGGGGAAGAAAAAGUGUGAGCGCUAUUGGGCGGAGCCUGGAGAGAGGCAGCUGCAAGUUGGCCCUUUCUCCGUCUCCUGUGAAGCUGAAAAUAGAAAAUCUGAUUAUGUAAUCAGGACUCUGAAAGUCAAGUUCAACAAUGAAACUCGAACUAUCUACCAGUUUCACUACAAGAACUGGCCAGACCACGAUGUGCCUUCCUCUAUAGACCCUAUUCUUGAGCUCAUCUGGGAUGUACGUUGUUACCAAGAGGAUGACAGUGUUCCCAUAUGCAUUCACUGCAGUGCGGGCUGUGGAAGGACUGGUGUUAUCUGUGCAAUCGACUAUACGUGGAUGCUGCUGAAGGAUGGGAUAAUUCCUGAAAACUUCAGUGUUUUUGCUUUGAUCCAGGAAAUGCGAACACAGAGGCCUUCCUUAGUUCAAACUCAGGAACAGUAUGAACUGGUCUACAAAGCUGUCUUAGAACUAUUCAAGAGACAGAUGGAUGUUAUCAGAGAUGGACACUCUGGAAUAGAGAUUCAAGCAAAGUAUUCAGUUCCUGAGCAAAUUCCCAGUCUGGAAGCAAACAGUCACUCUUCUAAUUUACCAAAAAGCAGCAUAAAAGAAGCAAAAAUGAUGAACCAAUGGAGUAAACAAAAGAUAAGGGUGAAAAAUGCAGAAACUUCUUUCUUUGACAUUAGGACUUCUGAAAUAAGUGAAAAGGAAGGGUUAACUUUGCACCCUGCUAAACAGAACAGUUCUUUCGAGAGUUUGGAGCUAAACUGUGGUUGUGACAAAAAUGCCGACACAACCAUGAAAUGGGAGACAAAGCCAUUUCCAAUAGCUGGGGAGCCUCUUCGGAAGCAUCAAAGUUUGGACUUCAGCUCCGUUUUGCUUGGACCAUGUCCUAAUUCUAAACCUGUAAAUGCAGCAGGAGGAUACUUCAAGUCAAAGGGGCCAAUAAUACGGACCAAAUCGACUCCCUUUGAAUUGAUACAACAGAGAGACACCAAGGAGCUGGACGUCAAGGAAAAUUUUUUGUUGUUGGAAUCUCAACCAAACAAUUCUUGUCUUGAGCAGGCUCAAAAAGCGAUGCAUGUUUCUUCAGCAGAACUGAAUUAUUCACUGUCAUAUGACUCGAAGCACCCAAUGUGUAAUGCCUCCAAUGCAAAGCAACAUGACUCUAGUGCUCUUAAUGUACAUUCUUACAUGUCUUUAGUAGAAGAUCCUUACUGUCCACCAUUGUCUCCAAGAAGUGCUGGUUCUCAGAUGUCUCUUGAUUUACCUGAGAAACAAGAUACAACUGUGUUACCUUGUUCUUUGUUGCCAACAUCUUCCGCAACCCUAUUUUCUUGUUAUGAGUCACAUGAUUCUUUAGCAUGGAAUCCUCCAACCAAUUUCCCCCACACAUUGAACCAAGAGAGAACAGAUGUUGCGACUUCUCCAAGAAUAGAUGACGAGAUCCCCCCGCCACUUCCUGAACGGACACCUGAAUCUUUCAUUGUGGUAGAGGAGGCUGGAAAAGUCCCACUGAGCGGUCCCCAAUCUUUAGCUUCAGCUGUGAUGACAAGAACUGGAACAUCACCUGAAUGGAGUGGAACAUCCAAAUCAAACAAACCUGAUGACUCGUGUGUAACACUCUGGAGUCCCAAAUCAGAUCUACAUGAAGAUCGCUCUUCUCCCCCACCUCCUCUCCCAGAAAGAACCCGAGAGUCCUACUUCCUUGCUGAUGAGGACUGUAUGGAGUCUCAACCUAUAGAGACUUAUUCUACUAGCUAUUCCAACGCUGUUGAAAACCCAACAUCUUCAAAACAAACACUGAAGACUCCUGGAAAAUGUUUCACAAGGAGUAAGAGUUUGAAAAUUUUGCGGAACAUGAAAAAGAGUCUCUGUAAUUCUCCCUCACCAAACAAGCCUGCAGACCCUGUUCAGUCAAACAACUCCAGCUCCUUACUGAAUUUUGGUUUUGCAAAUCGUUUUUCAAAACCCAAAGGACCAAGAAAGCCACCAUCACACUGGAACACUUAACACAAUUUUGGACUAUAGACCUCAAGUGCACCUGCAAAAAAAAUUACCAGAAUAUGGCUGGCUAAAAUAAGUGCUCUAUAAUCAUAAUGGUAA